GCUUGUGACUUUGGCCUUUACUGGUUCAAUUGGUAUGACUAUGCUCAUAUUGGCAUGUGGCCUUCCUCAGUACAAGUUAUGGUGGCCUUUUUUUGUUGUAUUAUUUUAUGUAUUAGCGCCAAUUCCAACCCUCUUAGCACGAAGAUACACAGAACAUCAGGGCUCGAGUAAUGCCUGUUUAGAAACAGCAAUUUUUAUUACAAUGGGUUUAAUCGUAAGCGCGUUUGCAUUACCCAUUGUUCUGGCAAGAGUGUCAGUCAUACAGUGGGGGGCUUGUUACUUGACUUUGGCUGGCAAUGUUGUCAUUUUUGCCACGCUUCUUGGUUUCUUUCUCACAUUCGAUCAAGAUGAUGCUGAUUAUAAUAUGUGGUAGUGUGUGUCUGUAUAAUAAACCUGAAAAUAAUGUACUCCUAAUUAUUUUACUUAUUUAAAAUGUCUGUAAGCUUAAUUAAUAUUUUGUAAAAGUAAUAAAUUAGUUUAUCCAGUG